GUGUGUCUGUAUCUCCCCAGACCAGACCAUCUGAACGGACACAUAAAACAGGUUCACACCACGGAGAGACCCCACAAAUGCCAGAUCUGUAACGCCUCUUUCGCCACCCGGGACCGGCUGCGGUCGCACCUGGCCUGCCACGAGGACAAGAUCCCCUGCAAGGUGUGUGGCAAAUUCCUGCGGGCCGCCUACAUGACGGACCACCUCAAGAAGCACAGUGAGGGGACCCACAACUACUGCGGCAUCUGCAACAAAGGGUUCUCCACCGCCUCGUACCUUAAGGUGCACAUUAAAGCCCACCACGCUCUGGUGUUGGUCACCCCGCCCGCGGGGCCCGGGGGGGGGGCCCAGACUCACUACGGCCACGCCUACCUCUCAGGACGCCCGUGCUCCGUCGAAGGCAAGCUGUCGGCCACCCUGUGUGUUCGCCGCUCAUCCGCUUUGCUGCUCACUGUAGACCUGUGUGCCGGUCACCAGCUGCUUGUCUCCUUACCCGAGGCAGAGGGGGGAUGUCACGGACUCUCUGGACCCCCCUGUCCCGCCCAGCCCGGCCCCCCGGCCCCGGGCCUGCAGGGUGCCCCCCCCUGUUACUGGGAGUGUCGCUCGGCCUUCCCCUUCCAUGGGCCUUUCACAGACCGACCGGAGAAGUGUCCUCACCUGGACUCAGAGGAGUCGGACCCCUCAUUCGCUGAGCUGACCAAUGGGGACGAGCUCAAGUCCCCGCAGAAGCCUGACCCGGACGAGGUGGAGAUGACGUCACCGGCCUCCAACGGCUCCCCCUCCUCCUCCGCUGACAGGACCUUCCCCUCGGGGUCAAAGGUCAGGGCCGACGUGGAGAAGAAGUUUGCCUGCAGCCUCUGUGGUCAGGCCUUCCGCACCAAGUCCUACCUCAACAAGCAUCAGCACCGCGUCCACGAGGGCCAGAAGGGCCCGACGAGGGCCCCCUCGGGCCCCGUCCCGCAGGCCCCGUCCCCCUUCUCCUCCCAGCAGAACAUGUCCCUGCUGGAGUCGUUCGGCUUUCAGAUCGUCCAGUCGGCCUUCGCCUCGUCCCUGGCGGACCCCGACGGGGGGCCGAGCGCACUGGACUUUGCAGGGAAGUGAUUUGAACGAAGGGGAACAGGGAGAGACACGACUUCUGGGGACUCUCCUGAACCCUUUGUGGUGAGGUUAAGUCCUCUGUUUUUGGGAAUAGUUCUGCCACAAGACUGACUGUUGUCUGCUGUUCAUGGCACUGCUCACUGUGCAUUCACCUUUGUUACUAUUGGUCAUGAUCUAUUUGUCAUAGCGCUGUAUUGAGAUUUUAUUUUUCCUUCAUUCCAGAGUAGUGAAAGUGCUUAAAGAGGCUGACACAUUGUUCUUGAUCUUGCAUUAGAUACGCUUGUAUUGAAUACGAUGACUAGCCCUAGCUCUCCAGCUGUUUCUACACCAGCCCGCUCAGCCACGUCUGUCUGGAUCGAUGUGGGGUGGAUUAGUCUUCGAAGUCAAGUAUUUAAGUUCAUGAUACUGUCCAUUAUUUGUUGGUUCUGACUUUUACUGGCUUUGAAGGCUGCAAAUUGACUCGUUUGCGUUAAAACAAUGAAAGGGAUUUAUUUCUUGUUUAUUUUUGCUUGUUUCAGGAGACAUUAUAAUGACCAUACUUUGGUUGAAUGGUAUGUUUGCACAGUUACAUGCUCAAGUCAAUUCAGUGGGAUACUUUUUCUUGAUUCACAAUUUCUUUUUUAACUUCAACAAACCAUUCAUCCACAAGUUGUUCCUUUUGUGAAAACAAAGCCAUAUGUUGGUUCUUAAAUGUUGAAUAGCUCAAUCCUAUUGCCAGCCACAGUCAGUAUACAUCUGAAGAAGGUAGCUACCUCAACAGCAAAUGAAGUGAAGGUGCAGUCCAGCACGGCCUACCAGUGACCUUGUUACAUUUAACUUCUUUUUUAUGCAAGCAGACUUUUUGGGUAACAUUUAUAUUGCAUAAUGCUUAUUCAAGUACUAAAGCGUGACUUUAACGAUAACUGGUAGAUCUAUUUAAGAUGUACCAUGGUGUUAUUUACGUUAUUGCAUUGACCUGUUUCCGAGGUGGAUUGUUGAGUAGAGACUUAAUGUGAUCAUGCUCUACCAGUCUCACUGAAUGUGUGGAAACUUGCCUCUAGGAUGCUAUAAAUUAGUUUUCCAAAUCCCUUUCAAACGUUUUACCAAGACCUUUCUCAUCUCCUCAACGUCAACAGUUUUGUAUAUUAACCAGGGACCAAUUUCAGUUGUAAUUGUUAUAAAUUGUGAGAAAAUAAUUAUAUUUUAGUAAUUUAUUUGUGCCCUGUUAGUUUUCUGUAGAGCUUUUCUUUUUUUAUAUUGUGAACAUUUUGUGGUUUUUGCAGAAUUAAGAUAACUUUCCACUUUAGUGUGUCUGUGAAAUAACCAUCUGUGUGACUGAUGCCACAGACCAGCAUGUAUCCUUAAUUUAAAAUGAAGCCCUAACGUUAAGGCUAUUGGGUUGGUUUAUAGCUGCACACAACCAUCUUUAUUUUUUGAUAACUUAUUUUUAAUGUGCAAGGGCUCUCUAUCAAAGUGUGUCUUGGUCGUAACAGCGUUGUUUCAGAAUGUAAAUGAGCAAAAAAUAAUCAUAUGCCUUUUACCUUGCCAAGACGUUAAUUUAAUUGGAGAAGAGUAUAUUAAGGUACGUUUUCUUUCUAAACGCAGCUGGGUUAACUUGCUUGCAAUCUUGUUUUUUUUACCCUCCAUGUAUAUAUAUUUUUUAUCUUGGUCGCUUACUGCUUUUUAUGAACAAUGAUUGAAUGAAAAUGGCUAUACAAUACUACUUCGUUACACAAGUUGUGUAAGGCCUCAAUCUUAUUUAUUGGGCUACGAAACAACUGGAGGUUAACUUAUCAGAUUUAAAAUGAUGCCUUUGAUUGUCACACCAAACAGGGUGGGGAUGAUUUUGGACCGGGUAUGUUUGAGGUAUUUGUUAAUCUUAUAUUGGGAAUGAUUGAACAUCUAACACAAAUCAGCUCUAUGGCAUCAGACGAUUGUUAGGGUUUUUUUCACGAUGCGGGUCAUUGAAAAAGAAGGCUGGGCUCUGAAUGUCAUUGUAAAGAAGAGUAUACUGUGGAUAAGCUUACUUUUGUGUCCGUGUUUCUGUAACUGUUUGCUAGUUGCUUUACGUUCAUUUUGAUUGCUCAAUUCCUUAUGCAUAUAUUUAUGGCUAAAUUGCAUUGGGCAAAAAGUGUAUAUACUUUAAUAUUCACAUGUUCUCUGGCAUAUGUAACUAUACAUAUAUAUGUACAUAUAAAUGAGUGUUCCUCAGUAGUCCUGUACUUAUUUAUUUUGUUAUUUUUCUCCAUAAUGUAAAGGAAUGUAAAUGUAUAGCCAUUUGGUUGACGUGUCUACUGGAGUUGGCCACAGGCUGUGCUACCAGGUGUUAGCGACAGAUCACUGUUCAUCGAUCCUGCUCCGCUAUCACUGUCUGAUCAGGUGAGAGUUGGCAGAUCACGAUUCAUCGCUCCUGCUCCAAUAGCACUGUCUGAUCUGGUGAUGGGCAGACCACUGUUCAUCGCUCCUGCUCCACUAGCACUGUCUGAUCUGGUGAUGGGCAGACCACUGUUCAUCGCUCCUGCUCCACUAGCACUGUCUGAUCUGGUGAUGGGCAGACCACUGUUCAUCGCUCCUGCUUUGGCAGCCAGUGGCGGUUUAUGCACGGGCGAACCGGGCAGUCGCCUGGGGCACCAUUCUUUCAUAACACGUGGGGGGCGCCACGAGCAGUUUAAAAGAAAAAAAACAUCUGUGCCGCGAAGCGGUUUUCUAUGAUGUAUCAUAACAUUGUGUGGGGAAUUGCAUAUUGGAGCCUCCUAUGGCUGGAGGCGCACCUGCUUGUUGCGAAGGUGCCGUGCAAAGACGGACUGAAACCCCCAUCGAAGUCCGUAGGGCCACUAGGUGGACGUAGAACCACCACUGUCGGCAGCACUCCUAAGUGCUGUUGGCUUGAUUAUUUUUGUCCAUUUGUUCCCUUUUGAUUUGAUUCUGUCUGCUGCUGCCACGCACUAUUACCUGUUCCCUGUAGUUGUGGAUUAAAGGUUGCUUUCAAAUGGGCAAAUACCUAUUUAAAAUACCUUGAUUUCCUUAAGACAUGCUUGCCAUUUUCGGCAUUUGUGUAAUCUGUGAUUUAUUUUACAUUUUUUCUUUGUAGGCCUAGGUGAAUUUUU